AUGACAUGUGGUGAAAAGCCAACAUUUAAAGAAUUAUUUGUAGUUGCUGUAUUGGAUCAUCCAAUUGUGUUUGGCAUUUUAUUUGGUUUAAUGUUUAUAUCUAUAGGGUUUAUAGUCCAUAACUUUAGAAAAUUUAAAGAAGAAUUAGAUUUAGCAGAAAAGGAGAGAGAAAUGGAAGAAAAAGAAGAAGAGGAAAAAGAAUCUAAAAAAAAUAAAUAA